GGCGCUUCCAGCUACCUUCUGCAGGUCUCUUUCCUGCGCCCUCGGACACGUGUGGCCGGGGAACAUGGGUGCUCUGGGAGAGGAGAAGGAAACUCAGCUCGUGUCGCACGAGCAGAUCAAAAAGGCUACAGAAGCUUUGUUGGGAUAUAGAAAGAACAAACACAAUGCUAAUACAUUGCUUUUGAAUGAAAACGAGAAUGUGUUUUUAAUGGUGACAUUAUGGAAAAUUCCCCCAAAUGGAAAAGAAAUCAAAAUACCUUUGCCUCACGGUAUUAGACCUGAUACGAAAGAAGUUUGUUUAUUUACCAAAGAUGAAUCCAAUUUAACUUCAGAACAGACAGAAAAUUUCUAUAAGCAGCUUUUGAAAAAGAAUGGGAUUACAAACAUUACUGAGGUCAUCCCUUACACAAGAUUAAAACAUGAAUAUAAACCUUAUGAAGCUAAACGGCGCCUUUUGAGCAGUUUUGACCUUUUCCUUGCUGAUGAAAGAAUUAGACGACUUUUACCCUCACACAUAGGAAAGCAUUUCUAUCGCAGAAAGAAGGUACCUUUAUCAGUAGACCUCACGACUAAGAAUUUGUCAGAACACAUCAAUAAAAUUGUCCAGGGAACUUCAUUAACUGUCACUAAUCAUGGUUGUUGCAAUACCGCACGUGUGGGUCACACAGGAAUGCCUGUAGAUCACCUAGUGGAAAAUAUUGUUGCAGCUGUAGAUGUGCUUUCAGAAAAGUUGCCCGAGAAGUGGGAGAGUGUAAAAAUUCUACACCUGAAAACAGAAAAAUCUCUUUCCCUUCCAGUCUUUUCUUCAUUUGUCUCCCAUUUGGGUUCUCAGAAAAGUAAGAAGCAAAAGCAAGACAAGAAAGUGGCCCCCAAACCUGCUCAGGCUGCCAGGAAGCCUGAAAGUGAGUGUGCUUUGGAUGGUCACAAGCUCGAGGUGGAAAAGGAGGGCAGAAGAGAGCCUGACUCUGAGGAUGAGAUUCCACAGCUGGUUCCAUUUCAAGCAACAUCGCCUCAAAAGUGCCCAGAGCUUCAGGAAGCAGUGCUAACACAAGAGUCUACAGAACAGAACCUCAGCACUGAAGUACCGCAAGCUAAAACUCCUGGUAAAAAGAGAAGGGCCUUCAAGGCUCUGGAGACUCCAGAACAGAUUGACAAAGCUUCCACAAAGGUGAAGAAGACUCCAGCCCCUGGCAAACCUAAGGCCAAGGAUCCAAUCCCCAAAAAACCUGAGAAAGAAAGUAAUUCCUCAGUAGAAGUCAAAGCCCUGGAAUACACUCCCAAGAAGUUAAGAGGUCAUUUACUACUCAUACUAAAGUAGGGAAAAUUGAUUUUUGCUUGCUUUUCUAGUUACUUCACACAGUGAAAAAAAUAAAUGGAAUUCAGUGCCA